AUUUCCCAAAUUAUAUUAACUAGUAAAUAUUGUUUGGACUAUAUCUAUUUUAGAGAUUUCCGAGAAUAUGUAAAAUAUCCUUGAUUAUAAAAAAAGAAAGUAAGAAACUACAAUUUCACACAAAAUUUUUUUGGGAAAUUAAUCGAUGUACGAAUACAUUAUACACCCACUGUAUAUCAACUUUACGAAAGUAAACAUUUCUGAAAUCAAUGCAUAGUCUGUUACAACCAAGUAACUUUAAUAUCAGAUUAUUAAUAUUCAUAGAUGAGGGCUGCGAUUCGAUUCUAAGCCGGUCGACCGGAAAGUCUGUAAUCUAAGUUUUAACGCGCGGGUCAAUAAUACCUCUGAGCUAUUUUUAAUAACGAGACCGUGCACGAACUUCUCGCAUGCUCAUGAAACGCUUGUUAAAAACGUGUUUAUAUUCGUACUUAGUAUGGAAUGAGUCCGACACAUUAAGCUGAAUGCACGUUCUCCUAUUUCAAUCAAAUAAAAAGUAACCAAUUGUAGUCAGAGAUCUUGGUCGCUAUUUUAGCUCAAAUUAGAAGGAUCGAAACCAGUGCAAUAUGUAGAUUAUUGUCUCGCGAAUAGUUUUUCUGUUUUAUUUCAAUUCGUACUAAAAAUGUUUGCAUCGAUACCAUGUGAGAAUUCGUUUGAAUCUUGCAGCACGACAUCGUCAGUCGUGCCAACAAUGCAAAUGUGAUUACUUCCUUCCAUGCAGUGCUGUAGCUAAGAUUUUUGGACCCCUAGACAAACAACCACAUAUUUUGGUUCUGUUAUCUUUAUUAAAGCCAUGUGGGAUAAUCUUCAACCAUCUUUCUUUGAUCGACUACUAUAAUAUUAUCGACAUGCUAUAAUAUUGAUAUAGAACUUUCUCAGUACCACUUUAGACCGUAUACAAUUUUGAUCGAUUUCAAACGAGAAAUAAUUCAUUCAUUGUCUUUGAAAUUAUAUUAUUGUCAUAGCGCUAUAAAUUGAGCAAUGUAAGAUGGCUAAAAUACUUUUGAAGGUUGAUCUCCCUUCUAUCUGUCAUCUCAAAGUCGAGCAGUAGGCACUAUACUUGACUGAUACUUGAUGGUACUGAAUUGUACUUCAAGUUGCUUCUAGUUUGUGGUCGCGUCGUUUCUCAUGUUUUUGUUUUAUAUCGUUUCUUUUUUAAAGUGAAUCAAACUUACUUCAAGAUGAAGCUUCGAAGACUUUGUUUGCUGUUUAUCGUCGCGUGCUACUUGUCCCUUAGCCACGCCCUGGAAUGCUACGUGUGUACUAAUCAAGAGGGUAACAGGGAAAAGUGUUUAAAAAGUACAAAAACUUGCGAACAAGGUCAAGAUGCCUGUUUCACGGAAAUCAAGUGGGGAAGUACACCAUAUUGGUCGCAAGGCGCGAAGAAACAAUUUUAUGUUUCCAAAAGGUGUUCCACCAGGAAAGAGUGCGAAAGAAUAAGACAAGCUAAUAUGAAUGAUUGCACGUACAUAUGGUACCAAGACUGGAAAUGUUCCCAAUGCUGCCAAGGAGAUAAAUGCAAUUACUAUGUUAUUGUGCACAACAUGAAGAUCAGGGUGCUUCGAGGCCUGCACAAGGCUUUCACGCGAAAGAAAGAAAUGGUAUUGGCCGAAGACACGAAACUCGCGAGGUGUUUGUCUACGUUGGACCUCACUGCUCUCGGAAUCGGUUCAACCCUCGGUGUUGGUGUUUACGUCCUCGCCGGAUCCGUUUCAAAAACCACUGCAGGUCCGGCUGUGAUAAUCUCUUUUGCCAUCGCAGCGAUCGCGUCCAUGUUCGCAGGUCUCUGUUACGCGGAAUUCGGUGCUAGAGUACCACGUGCUGGAUCGGCCUACGUAUACAGCUAUGUGACGAUGGGCGAAUUCACAGCUUUCGUGAUCGGUUGGACCCUAAUUCUGGAGUACGUAAUCGGCUCAGCGAGCGUGGUGCGUGGUCUGAGCACUUACGUGGACGCUCUGUUGAACAACACUAUGAGGAACGCGUUCGAAUCAGCGGCUCCUAUCGACGUUAGUUAUCUCUCCACAUAUCCAGACUUUUUCGCCUUCGGGGUGACGUUAAUUUUUUCUGCUGCGCUGGCGUUCGGAGCAAAGGAGUCCUCGGUGGCGAAUAAUGUCUUCACUCUCGUAAAUCUCAUGGUAGUUCUUUUCGUGAUAAUCGCUGGAUCGCUCAAAGCUGACGUAACAAAUUGGAAAACGAAGCCUACGUGCACCGAGACGAAUUGCGAUUACGGAACCGGAGGAUUCGCGCCCUACGGCAUCGGUGGCAUCAUAACCGGCGCAGCGACGUGCUUCUAUGGAUUCAUCGGUUUCGAUUGCGUCGCAACCACCGGCGAGGAAGCGAAGGACCCGCAGAGGUCCAUUCCCAUAGCGAUCGUUGCAUCCCUGACGGUCGUUUUCUUGGCCUACUUCGGCGUCUCCACGGUGUUAACCAUGGUUCUUCCGUAUUACGAGCAGAACUCGGACGCCCCGUUCCCUUACUUGUUUGACAAAAUUGGUUGGAGCUGGGCGAAAUGGGUCGUCUCGAUAGGUGCUAUAUGCGGCCUGUGCGCAAGCUUAUUAGGCGCGAUGUUCCCGUUGCCACGAGUGCUUUAUGCGAUGGCUUCCGACGGACUCAUAUUCGAAUGGAUGGGAAAAAUCAGCUCACGAUUCCACACACCUCUGAUGGGCACCUUUUCGGCGGGUAUUCUCACAGGCGUAUUAGCAACGAUAUUCGAAUUGACUCAACUGGUGAACAUGAUGAGCAUUGGAACCUUACUCGCUUACUCGAUUGUGGCAGCCUGCGUGCUUGUACUUCGAUACGAGGAGAGCGAAGCUUACGAGAAGAAAGAUGACCGUGAUCCAAGAACCUUGAGGUUCAUAGGAAACCAACUAAUUAACGCCAAUAAAUUAAAACACUCUACAAAAUUAACAUCGCAAAUCGUGACGUAUCUCGUCGGAUGUUACUUAAUUCUAUGCAUCUGUGUUGGUGUCAUACUUUCAAUGUUUUCCGGCGAAGUCACAAAAGGAGAAACUGCAGUCGUCGUCCCACUCGCUGUAUUAAUACUUGCUUUGUUAGCUAGCCUCACAUUUAUAUAUCUUCAACCAACUUCUGGAAAGAAGCUCGCGUUCUCGGUUCCAUUGGUGCCGUUUCUACCAGCACUUAGUAUCCUUGUGAAUAUAUACCUCAUGAUGAUGUUAGACAGGAUGACAUGGGUGCGAUUUUUAAUUUGGAUGGCGAUCGGGCUAGGAAUAUAUUUCUGUUAUGGUAUUUGGCACAGCAAAAUGAGGAGAAGGGAAAGCAUAAAGCCAAACGACAACGGUGUUAAUAAAGAAACAAAGAGUAAUAGUAAUUUUCCACGACUCACAUGACAGUAGUUUCUUUUAUAUUUUUUAUUCUAAAUAUACGUUUUACAUAAUACUGAGCGCCUAAUUUAAAAAGAGUCGGUUGACUCGAAAGCGGUUUAAAAGUAUUACAACGACAUUUUAAGCUAAAUAAAUUAUACGCGUAAAAA